AUGUCGGGACCGGGAGGGCCGGCCGGCCCGAGGGGGGACUGUGCAGGAGGGGUCGGGCUCAGGGAACUGCAACUCCCAGCAGCCCCCGGGUACGGGGCGUGGCAGGAGGGCUGGGCGUGCCGGAGGCGACCGGAAGGAUCAUUGUAGUCCAGACCCUCGCUUUACCCGGACGAAAGCCACGGGCCUGACUCGUCGAGUUUCACUGGGCCUUAGUUGUUGGCGAGUCCCAGGCGCUAAGUUUCUCGGCCUAGAGGAGGGGUCGCGCGAAGUGCCAGAUGCAGGCGGGGAAGCCCAUCCUCUAUUCCUAUUUCCGAAGCUCCUGCUCAUGGAGAGUUCGAAUUGCUCUGGCCUUGAAAGGCAUUGACUAUGAGACGGUGCCCAUCAAUCUCAUAAAGGAUGGGGGCCAACAGUUCUCUAAGGACUUCCAGGCACUGAAUCCCAUGAAGCAGGUGCCAGCCCUGAAGAUUGAUGGAAUCACCAUUCACCAGUCACUGGCCAUCAUUGAGUAUCUAGAGGAGACGCGUCCCACUCCGCGACUUCUGCCUCAGGACCCAAAGAAGAGGGCCAGCGUGCGUAUGAUUUCUGACCUCAUUGCUGGUGGCAUCCAGCCCCUGCAGAACCUGUCUGUCCUGAAGCAAGUGGAAGAGGAGUUCCAGCUGACCUGGGCUCAGAACGCCAUCAUUUCUGGAUUUAACGCCCUGGAGCAGAUCCUACAGAGCACGGCAGGCACAUACUGUGUAGGAGAUGAGGUGACCAUGGCUGAUCUGUGCUUGGUGCCUCAGGUGGCAAAUGCUGAAAGAUUCAAGGUGGAUUGCACCCCCUACCCUACCAUCAGCUCCAUAAACAAGAGGCUGCUGGUCCUGGAGGCCUUCCAGGUGACUCACCCCUGCCGGCAGCCGGAUACACCCACUGAGCUGAGGGCCUAGCUCCCAAAUCCUGCCCUGUUGGUACAGGGCCACAGGAGCAGAAGCUGGGUGGGCUGAAGAGGCCUGGAAACAAGUGAGUUAAUUGAGGAGACAGGAGACUCCAACUCUAGCCCUAGAUCUGCCUUCCUGCUGAAACUUGUUCCCUCUCAGUCCCCUCAUCUGUCAAAUGCAUGUGGGGUUGGGUAGGAAGAUGCUGGGAGCAGCGGGGCAGGAAUACUGUUAUCUAUGUGACGGGGCAGUCGUGAAGCUGAGAUGAGAAUGUGGAUUAAAAUGCCUGGCGUGCUCACCAUAACA